CAUACUCGACAGGCGUAUUAUAGUGUUAGAUAAUAGUGGUACGUAGUGAAAUGAAUGGAUUUAUCACUCUGGUCUUUUCAAUUUUCAUUUUCUUCAAAGAUGGAUAUACAGCGAAUGCUAUCAACCCACCAAAAGAAUGUUCUUUAAAAAUUACCGGUUGGAAAAUGUCUGAUCCUGAUGACGCAUGUUACUUUUUCGAAUGUGAUGGGAGAUUUUGGCAACAUCGUUUGUGUCUCAAUGGAUUCGGUGGAGUACCUAAAAACGCCCGCAAGCAGUAUGCUAAAAACUUCAUGACGAAGAUGAAUCUAUGCAGAAAAUAUGAACACAGCUGUAUUUCCACAAUUCAAAAUAUUAAAAAUCCAGAAACAAGGGCGUCAUAUACCCCAAGACCGUUGCCGCUCUGUAGACCUGAAUCUGAGCGUUGUGAUGUAAAAGAACAGUGUUGUGAUAUAGAUGGCGAAAGUGCGCAAUGCUUUGAGAAUAAGUGCACGUCACCAGAAAAUUUGCAAUGUGCUAAUAUUGGAGAAGGAUGCAAUGGGAAACAUGCUACAAAUCAAGGAUGUUGUUCAAAUGACCCAAAAGAUCCAAACAUCAGGCUUUUUUUAAAGUGUGAUGCAAAUGAACAAUGUUGUGGCCUAGAAAGACAACCGUGUACUGAGGGUGGACAGUGCUGUAAAGACCAAAACCUGAUAUGUGAAAAUGGAAAAUGCUCGAGAAUAGAUUGCCCAUACCCGAUUGCAUCUCCAAAUUGUGGUAUUACCUCAAGGAGUGCAAAUAAUGACAAUGGAAGAUUCAAAGUGGGAGAAAGGGUGUAUUUCAAUUCAGAUCCUUGUUAUUCAUUGGAUAUAAGUGAUGGAAGUGGAGAAUUCGUUGAGUGUAUGCCAGAUGGGACAGUCAAUCCCAAAAUGCCAAGAUGUAAACAAAAGGUGUGCGACGAAGUGGAGGCGCCAGUCAAUGGAGAGCGUGAUCCUAGUCGUGGACCCGACGUCUGUGGAAGUUUUAUCGGGUUUGAUUGUGAUAGUGGAUAUGAGUUGAAGGGCGCUGAAGAAAUUCAAUGCACAGAGGAUGGUUGGACUGAUAUUCCACCUGUCUGUGAAGAGCCUGAAGAUGAAGAAUGCGCAGAUUUGCAUGGGCAAUGUCAUCGUGGAGAAAACACUGGAAAUGGUGCACUGCCAUGUUGCGAAGCCAACGAUCUAAAAUGUUCCAGGGCAUCAACCUGUUGUAGAAACAGGGGCGGGGUCUGCUCUGAUGAUACUGAAUGCUGUAUUGGUUUGAUCUGUACCGCUCAAAAGGAAUGUGAACCUCCGAUCUCCAUCAUAUGUAAAGAACCAGUCGAUAUCGUAUUCGCAGUUGACACAUCGUGCUCCAUUGUCCCGAUAGACAAGGAGAACAUUCGAACAUUUAUGACAGAAAUGGCCAGAGCAUUUGAACUUUCAACAGACCCUAAUCGUGGAGUACAAAUGGGUGCAUUGACAUUUAACGCAGAAACGACGCCCGUGACUUACUUAAAUGAUGCGAGCGAUCCUGAAAAAGUAAUAACUAAAAUUGAACACAUGGAACUGAAUCUUGCAAAUGAUAAACUUUGCAGAACUUCAACAUUUGAUGCGUUAAAAAUGACAGAAACAGAAUUUUUCAGUGUUGAAAAAGGAGAUCGCCCAAACGUAAAGAACAUAGUCGUACUGUUAUCAGAUGGCGCCACAAAACCAGAUAAUAAACAACCAAGGACAUUUCAGUACUCAGAUGAUCUACGGGAAAAGGCAGAAAUCAUUGUUGUUGCAUUACCACAAGGAUGUGAUCCAAAGAAGAACAAAUCCAAAUGUUCCCCAAAACUAGUAGGCUGGGUAGAGUGGAAUUACAUUGCAGGCGGGGAAAGAAAUGUGUUCAGUGCGAACUUUACGGCGCUGAGAACAGUAGUUGAACAUCUCGGAACACGUGUGUGUGGAAGAAAUAGCUUCACAAUAAAUUAAUAAUUAAUUAAACCAUUAUAUUAGGGUUCUUGUGGAAGAUAACAAUAACAAUGAAUAAUACAAUUUAUUGAAAUAUGUGUAGCCUACAUAAGUUUUUAUUAUUUCCAAAG